GACAGCGCAGUAUGAAAACGACCACGGAGGGGGUAGUAGUUUCGCUUCAGUUUUUCCACUUUUAAUUUACGCAGUUAGUCGAAAAUCUUCGAAGAAAACGAUCGGAUUGAUAGCAACGAAUCUAUCUUCGGCGGUGAAGGUUCACUUUUUUGGAGGGCUAGCCCACUGGGCUCUCUCAGCCCAAAAGUGCGGAGAGAUGUCGAUUCGGACAGCAGUCCAUCGUCUCGUACAAAAUGGUCGGGCUUGGCUACAUUCCUUCAGAAAUACUGAGUGUUUCUACUCUAAUUUCCAUCAAAGGAGCUACCACGACAAGAUACACGUUGUGCAAGUAGGCAAGUCCCAGGGCUAUGCGCCCCCGGGUAACAGCAAUGUAUCCAAUGCGGGAAAGCACCUUGGCUAUUUGGGAGCCCAUGCUCGACGAAUCUUUGUUGACAACAUCUUGAAACGAGUUACCAAUAGUUUAGCUGCUGAUCUGCGUAGGAAAGCUGCUAGUCGACUGGUUUUUGGCGGAGAUUCUGCUCCCUUCUUUGCUUUGGUUGGUGUGUCAUUGGCAUCUGGCACUGGAAUAUUAACGAAAGAGGAUGAAUUGGAAGGUGUUUGCUGGGAAAUUCGGGAGGCUGUAUCAAAAUUACAGUGGAACACUCCGCAAAAUGACAGAAAUUAUGAAGUAGUCAAAGAGGAGGAGGGAAUCGUUACUUUGAAGAAUUUCGUAAUUGGCCCUGCAAUCGCAAAAGGAUGCUCUGCGGUGGUUUACUCAGCAAAAUUCAACGAUUCUCCAAGCACUGAAGGCCAGAAUCAAAUAAACGUCGACGAUAAAACGAAAGAUAUAAGCGCAUUUCCGUUAGCGUUGAAGAUGAUGUUCAAUUACGACACCGAAUCGAACGCGUUAUCCAUUCUAAGGUCCAUGUACCGGGAAACCGUACCAGCUAGAAAACACUUGCAAAACGAAGAAUUGGCCGACUGGGAAAUAAGAAUGGCUGAGAGAAAAACCAAGCUACCGCCACAUCCAAAUAUUGUAGCGAUGUACUACGUUUUUGCUGACAGAGUGCCUGCGUUACCUGGUUCAUGGGGAAUGUAUCCAGAUGCAUUACCCGCACGUAUCAACCCUCAUGGCUCUGGAAGAAACAUGAGUCUGUUUUUAGUGAUGAAACGAUAUGACACUACUUUGAAACAAUACUUGAGCAAUCGCAAUUUGAGCACGAGGGAAUCGAUACUACUAUUGGCUCAAUUACUAGAAGGUGUAACUCACUUGAAUGCACAUGGCAUUGCACACCGGGAUCUGAAGAGUGAUAAUAUUCUGCUGGAUUUGUCAGAAGAAACAGACAAUUGUCCAUCUUUGGUAAUCACGGAUUUUGGAUGUUGUUUGGCGGACAAACGUCAUGGAUUGUACCUGCCUUACAACACUCACGAUAUUGACAAAGGCGGCAAUGUAGCACUAAUGGCACCAGAAAUAAUUACAGCAGAGCCUGGUCCGUUUACCAGUAUCAAUUACACGAAGGCUGAUCUUUGGACAGUUGGAACCAUAGCGUACGAAAUAUUUGGCAUGAAGAAUCCGUUUCACAACGACAAGGAAGGAAUUUCUCUUAAAAAUCAUAAUUAUAAAGAAACAGAUAUUCAACCUCUACCUAAUCACGUACCAACCGUCAUUUCUGCAUUGAUUAAGAACCUCUUGUCAAGAAACUUGUACAAGAGACUCGACGUGGAAACUGCAGCAACUGUAAUACAAUUGCACUUGUGGGCACCAAGCAAUUGGUUCAGGAGCGAGUGGAAAUUACCUUCAACCAAUGAGGUUAUGCAAUGGCUUCUGUGCUUAACUACAAAAGUACUUUGUGAAGGACGAAAUUCCAUGUUGGAACCAGCAGAAGUAUUGGAAGAUGAGAACAUUCAAGAAGAUGGGCAACGAAAUUCUUAUAAUAGGUCACUUUCUACAAGAUCCUGCGGAAGACGUACUAUGCCAGAAUAUCAAUUAAUCGCCAGUUUCCUUGGUAGAGUAACGCUUGGUAACAUUAGAGCUGCUUUAAAGUGGAUGCAGCAGAACGUAUAACGUAUUUUUUCGCGAAAAAAAGAAGAAGAAUAAUAAGAAGAAAGUAUUUUAUCUCUUGCAUAUUGAGGAAUACAACCGUUCUGUGUUAUUUAUCCACAUGAAGUGAAGAUUAUUGGAAUAUUUUUGUAUAUCCGACUUUAUCGCAACUGUCGUUAACGCGUUUCUCAAUUAUUUUCCUUUAUAUUAAUUUAUUUUUGAUACUCUGAGAAGCACAAAAGAGUCAUCCUUGUGAUUGUACAGAUUUUUUUUUCGCCGUGUAAAUGACUAUGGCAUGUCAUUGAUCGAGAAGACAGUGAUUCUUUUGUGAUUCAUGUGCCUUGUAAUUAAUCGAUACAAGAAAGUAUUGUAAAACAUAUUUAUUUUCGGCACUUUUAUUCAUCUUAUUUAUCAAAACUCUAUGAAAUAACUUUACGUGCAUAGAAGGCAAUCUUUGUGUCAAAGAUGGCUUACUCUAAAAGCUAAUUGCGUGAUAUUACAAUUAUAUUCAGGUUUCAUAAAUCACGUUGCUUUCCAAGUUUGAAAGUUUCACGCGAAAAGAAAUCAAAUAUCAAGACAGAAAUAUUUUUUUUUAUAAACGAUUUUCAAUAAAUCAAUUUUCAUCACAAAAUAAUAGUCCAGAUAAACUUAAUUUUACAGAUAAUGGGUGCAAGAUUCAAUAUUGUAAAUUAUUGUUGAAGAAUAAAGUAUUUAGUAUUUCUAGACAUAUAA